AUGGAUGACACUAGCGCUAGGGUUUUGAGUAUUGAACCAGCUUUAAUAUCCAAGGAUCCUAUAUUUGAAGAAAAUUCAAAAGACCUCUCUUUAAUGUCUAAUAACGGAGUACGUGAAAUUCCUGCGACACACACCGAAGAAUUUAAUGAUCUAGGACACGAUGAUAGUGAAGAAUUGCAAGAACAAGUUGUUGCUCAGUUACCAAGGCGAAGACUUAAGUCUGGACGUAGUAAUAUACCCGAUUCAACCACAGAGAAAAACGAGGAAGGUGCAAGCGAAGUAACCAAAAGGCUCUCAAGUUGGUUUAGUUCUUUUUGGAUUUCUCCUCAAGAAACAAGCGGUGAUGCUUCUGAUAAAGACGAUCCUGACUUUUCCAGCUUUAAAAAAGGAUUGUUUGAUAGUUUCAAAAGUGAACCUGCAAUAAAGUCUCCCAAAGAUAAUUCAAUUUGGUUGAUGGGUGUACGCUAUGAAGCAAAUAACGAGCGCGUAUCAAAUGAAUUUAGUGGUUCUUUCUACGAAUCAAAUUAUUAUUAUUCGACCCCUGGUACCUUUCCGCACCUUUCAAUGCAACAAUCAAUAUUAUCACCGACUAAUUUUCCUACAGAGUUUUACGAUGAUUUCACUUCACGGAUAUGGUGUACAUAUAGACAUAAUUAUGCUCCUAUAAGACCAACGAACUUUACAAAUGACGGAGGUUGGGGCUGCAUGUUAAGAUCAGGGCAAUCAUUGCUUGCUAAUGCGUUGAUAUUGCAAUUCUUGGGUAGAGAAUGGCGAAGGGUACCUAGAGGAGAUGAUACAUGGGAUACCUAUGUAAAGAUUCUUAUUUGGUUUAUUGAUGAUAUGUCAUCACAAUGCCCAUUCUCUGUUCAUCGUGUUGCAUUAUUGGGCAAACAGCUUGGAAAAAAUAUUGGUGAAUGGUUUGGCCCAUCGACUGCAUCUCAGGCCAUAAAGGCUUUGGUUGAAGAUUAUCCUGCUGCACAUUUAAGUGUAUAUGUAGCUACUGAUGGCGUGGUAUAUAAGAAUGAAGUUUACAAAGCAGGAAUUAAUAAUUUAAAUCCAAUAUAUCAUAAUGCGCUCAAGGAAUGUUUUAAAUUUCCACAGAGCGUCGGAAUAGCGGGUGGUAAACCAUCAUCAUCGUAUUAUUUUGUUGCAACACAAGCUGAUGAUCUAUAUUAUCUUGAUCCGCAUCAUUCAAGACCUGCACUUGAAUUAAAAUCAAUGGAGGAGUAUACCGAAGAAGAAUUGUCAACUUUUCAUUGCGAUACAAUACGUAAAAUACAUAUAUCACAUCUUGAUCCUUCAAUGCUCCUUGGUUUCUAUUGUCGGACUGCUGAUGAUUUUGAAGAUUUCUGUAGGCGAGUCGAGGAGAUCAGUGAGAAGUAUAAACCAGUGUUCACCAUCGCCCAGGAGGCGCCAGUAUAUGGUGACGAUGUCAGUGAUUUGGAUGUAUUUUCAGAAGACGACGAAGAUGAAUUUGAAAAGUUUGAAAAUGAUGAUGAAAAUAUUGAAAAGUUUGAAAAUGAUGAAAAUAUUGAAAAGUUUGAAAAUGAUGAAAAUAUUGAAAA